AUGCUACCGGCACCGGGAAACAAGAAGGCGUCGGCAAGGUAUGCUAACAAGGACUGCCACACCCUCACCAACUGCCGUUGCUCGGCCGAGCUGACAGUUGGCCGGGCUAGCGGGUCUGAACACCGGAAAAUUUAUGUCACUGUGACUAUUGAGGGCAAACCAUGUGACAUGGAAGUUGACACGGGCCCUGCCAUGUCCAUUGUCUCUUGGAGUACCAUCAAAAGGUUGGUUCCUAAAUUAUCUAAGAAACAACUGGACUCCACCUACCUGCAUUUGAGGGAUUAUCAGGGAAAUAACAUUCCAGUUGUAGGUGUGGGCAAGUUCAAAGUGACCUUCAAGGACUUUUUGGGACCGCUGAAGUUAGUCGUGGUCGAUGAAAAUCGGCCCAGCCUGCUGGGACUGGACUGGUUUGCGUCCCUGGGGUUGGAAGUUACAGGCAUCCACAGCGUUUUGCAGUCAGAAAUUGACACCAUCAUCACAGAGUUUUUGGAAGUGUUCGAUGGAACCUUGGUACAGUAUGUGGGGUUGCCCAUAUCCUUUAACCUCGAACCGCUAAUCCUGGAAGGCUCCCUCUUCAUUGCACCUACUGCCCUCCUUUGCCGACCACGUGCCCACGCCUUGCAGAGAUGGGCUGGGAGGGGGAGAGCGAAUGAUUUACAAAAAUGCACGUUUGCUGCAGUGCUGGGUAGCGGAGCCAGGGGAACGUGCCACACGUUGAGUUAUGAAGGGGAGAGAAUCAAUAAACUCAGAAAUAAAUGAAGUGGCCGAGCAAGGCAGUGGUGGCGUGACGGGCAAUCCCUCUCUAAGUGGGCGGGGGGGGGCAGGGGCAGGAUUGAUUCACGAGCCGAGAAGUUUAUUGCAGGGGAUGCCGCGGAACCGCAGCAAAAAAAUCAAGGGAGUUCUGCUCUCUCCAGGAUUAAGGGAGCAGCAGAUUCCUCAGGAGGUCUCCAGCGUCAGCCCUGCUCAGUGCAAAAACCCAUUGAGAUGAAUGGGCAUGGCCGGCAGAGGUCCAUCCAUUUCAAGAGGCCUCCUCUGAAUGCGACUGAGGCCAUGUCCAUUGAAAGCACUGGGGUGCUGCUUUAAGCAGUCACUGCUUCCCCCAAGGAAUCCUGGGAGCUGUAGUUUGUUAAGGGUGCUGAGAGUUGUAGGGGAACCCCUAUUCCCUUGACAGAGCUGCAAUUCCCAGCGUUUCCUGGGAAGGAAGGACUGACUGCUAAACCAGCUCUGGGAGGGGAAUGUUGGGAGAUGGGAACCUCAUGGGGAAAACUCCCCACCUGAAAUUCUGACUCUGUAUAAGGCAGCUUUCUCUGUUCCUGUAUCUUAAGUGAAUGGCUGUAGCUCAGUGGCAGAGCAUCUGCUCUGAAUGCAGAAGGCCCCAAGUUCAAUCCCUGGCAUCUCUGGGGCAGGCUGGGAAAAGACUGUCUGAAAUCCUGGAGACAUGGAGGGCAGAAUCUCAGGCCCAGGCCAGGGUUUAAAUGUGGCUUCUCUAUCUGGCCCUCAUAGCUCUCCCCAGGCCCUUAUUCACAUCACAUUUUUGCCCUCAUCUCAGGUGUUUCACACACCUUGCUCCGCCCACUUUUCCCUCUGGCCCUGCCCACCACUGGCACAUGGCCCUCAAAGAGUUGCCCAGAGGCUAGAAAAGCUCCACCUCUGAGGUAGACAAUCCUGAAAGGCAGCUUUCAAUGCAGGUGAUCAGGCCAGAGAAGAGAGGAUUUGGGAAACCGCAGGGAAGUGAUUCCAUUUGCCAGCAAUAGGAGAGUGGGACGAUGCAGGCAAAUGAGCUUGCCACCAUUUUUAUUUAAAAAAAAAAAAAUUGCUGCCCAGGCUACGUUAGCUAGUCAUACAUACAUUCUCUGUAACUGGGAGAAAUUACACAGCACAGGAAAUUUGAUUUCUAUUGCACUGGAAUGAAAGUCACAGUUGCUGAUGCGCAUCCCUGUACAACCCUUCUCCAUGCAUUUGUAUUCCUAGAAAGCCAGAGGAACAGGGAACGGGCUGUAGCUCAGUGGGAGAACACCUGCUCUGCAUACAGAAGGCCCUGGGAUCAAUCCUUCAGCAUCUCUAAUUAAAAAGGUUACAGCGCAGGUAAUGGGGAAGAUUCUUUGAGUAUCUGUUCGCAUUUCUGCUUGCUCUGCAUCCAGUGCGCUCCCACUGCUGCUACUUUUGGAAGCUGCAUGUACUCAAGGCAAUACAUAUCAUAGAAUCAUAGACCACGAGGGACCCUGAGGGUCAUCCAGUCCAACCCCCCGCAAUGCAAGAAUCUCAACUCAAGCAUCCAUGACAGAUGGCCAUCCAACCUCUGCUUAAAAACCUUCAGCGAAGGAGAGUCCAGCACCAUCCUAGGGACCCACUGACUCAAUUUGUAUCAAUCCAUAUCAAUCCUGUUUGUUUGCUUGUUUACUAUACACCACUAGACUGUAAAAAAAAAGCCUGAAAUUGUUCUUAACCUGAAGCACCACUUUAGCUAAUGGGGCCUCCCGCUGCCACCGCACCACUACUGCACAAUUUCUGUUCUCAUCCUGAAGCAAAGUUCUUAACCCGAGGUACUAUUUCUGGGUUAGCGGAGUCUGUAACCUGAAGCGUCUGUAACCUGAAGUGUCUGUAACCUGAGGUACCACUGUAGAAGCAGUUGAGGGGGUCCAUAUGUGGUAAGGCAUUUCUUUACAAAAUACUAUGCAUUUUUUAAAAAAAUCAGAGCUAGUGUAGUGUAACGGUUAGAGUGUUGGAUUAGAACCUGGGAGACCAGGAUCCGAACCCGCACUCAGCCAUGAAACUCACUGGGUGACCUUGGGCCAGUCACUGCCUCUCAGCCUAACCUGCCUCACAGGGUUCUUGUGGGAAUUAAACGAGGAAAGGGAGAGCCAUGUACUUCACCUUGAGCUCAUCUGGAGAAAAAGGUGGGAUAUAAAUGCAAUUUAAAAAAAUAAAUUAAAAGUUGACUAGAAAGCUGGAUGUGGAGUAAGUGGUAAUGUGAACAUAUUCCAACAGCUGUUGUGCAUGUGCAAAUGAGUAGGCCUGCUCAGAUGACAGCUUCAGGAAUAGGAGUUCCCAGAGAAAGGGGGUGGGGAACCAAAAAGUUCAUGGACAUCAGGUUAAGCCAUCCCCAUCCCCUUUGUGAUGUGAAGAACACUGUGCAAAAUGACCUUGCUGUGUUUUAAGCCGCAUUGCAAACAUACCUUGGGACUCUAGAGAGCUGCUGCCAGUCAGAGCAGACAUUAUUGGGCUCGAUGGACGAGCAGUCUGACCUGGUGUAAAGCAGCUCCCUAUUUUCCUAAUGCAAGAUGGCCAAAAUACACACACACAUGUGCUCCUAUGUACAUAAAAAAUGUAAGGCUUUCAUCGCACAGCCCCCAACUGAAGGAUUUGUAUGAAGUCAGAAAGCAGGCCCCUCUGGAGGAUUUGUCAUCGCAAUCCUGGACUGGGUGGGACAAGGGAGCAAAAGAGAGGGCAGGUUCCACAACAUGGCAUGGGAGUGGGUGAACGUAGGGGGAAUGGCAUGAUGGAGGUUGGUGAGUGCAGCAAGCAGGGGUGCAGCCUCUGCAUUGAUCAAGGGAUAAAAACACGCUUGCAAGAAUUUGGAAGAGAAAGUUUACAUCGCCUAUGCCAGUGCCACAAAGACACAGGAAACCUGUCUUAUACCAAGUCAGACCAUUGGUCCGUGUAUGCCAGUAUUGUCUACACUGACCGGCAGCUGUUCUCUGGAGUUUUAGGCAGAGGUAUUUAUCCCAGCCCUACCUGGAGAUGCUGGGGGUUGAAUAUAGGACUUUCUGCUCUGCCAUCAACACACAAUCCUUCUUUAGUAUUCUCUGUAUUUUGGGAGAAAUCAUUCCAGGUUCACUUUGACAACAAUUUCCUCUGGUGCCUGAAUCUGCUGCCUUCUUAAUUACAGGUUCCUUGUUCUGAAAGCAAUCAGGCGGGGGUGGGCUUUGGUAAUAUGGCGCCCAGAGCAAGGCAUCCAGAUAAAUAUAGGUGGUAUUAUUAUUAUUAUUAUUAUUGCUAUUUGCCCCCUCAGCUCAGCACCCUGUGGAGGGGAACCACCCACACUACCCUAA